GCAGCACCAUUCGGAGCAGCAUCUCAUCAGUGUGCAGCCACCGGUUGGCACGCGCUCGUCUCUCUGCCUCCUACCGGAUGAUGACCGACUGCUUCACGUUUUUUAUGGACUUUUAGAGGCUUUUAUUCCGUUUCUGAGCCUCUCUGCUGACAGAGUGGCUUCCUGCUGGCGGCAUGAACACUUUAAUGGCCUGUAAGCAAACUUUUGGUUCUUCACAGGAGAUAAAGUGAAUUAGGCCUCUGGUCCGGUUGUGGUUCCUCUCUGGUUGAUCAGACUCAUUAGGUUGCUGGCGGCUCAGGCAGAAGCAGCUCUGAGCCAGUGGAGGACACGGACACCACCAGCUUUAUGACAGAGAUUUCGUUGGAGGCCAAUUAUCCUGUUCAAGUCACAGAUCCUCACGAUGCUGUGACGCUCCACCUCAGCUCCAUGCCCUCCAGAUACCUGAGCCCCUCCUCUGAAGACAGGAUAAGACAGCCAGUUGAAGAUGUGGAGGAAUGCACCUGUCCAUCAUCUACUUCACCAGACUGCCCCAAACAGCUGCAGCUACUGAACAGUCCCUGUGAAAAGUGCUGCUGUCCCGCCCCUCCUCCCAAGAUCAGCGACCUCAUGAACGACAAAGACCUGCUGGACGUACUGCGGCUCAAACUGGAUCCAAACCAUUGCACCAUCAAAAACUGGAAGAACUUUGCCAGCCGCUGGGGGAUGAGCUACGAUGAGCUGACCCUGCUGGAGCACCGGACCCAGGGCUCCCUGUAUCACAGCCCCACGCAGGAGUUCCUGCUGCGCUACAACCAGAAGACGGUCACUGAGCUCACCGAACUUUGUCGCUUCUAUCAGCGCAUCGAUGUGCUGCGACUGCUACAGAGCUGGAUAGAAAAGGACUGGCCCUCACGCUGGCAGCAGGCUCACUAACCUCUCAGAAUCUCCGUAUUUAUCUUGUUUUUCCUGCUGGGGGGGUACAUGUUUAGGAAUUAUUCUUGGACUCAAGCUACAAUCCUUUUAGCUAAAUAUUUACUAAACAUCUGGAAAACAAAACAACUAUGAAUGAACUGGAACCCAAGAGUUUCAGAUAGACCCACAGCUAAGUGUUGAUACUCAAGCUCUGAAAACGUUGUUCUCCUUUACUGAUUCCUAAAAAAAAAAGUACAUAUGAUUUAUGUAGAGGUCCUAACAUCUCAUCUUUACUGACCACCGUUAGACGGGUUUAGAGAAAUGUUGAUUUAUAAGAAGUUCUUGUGGUUACACUAGAAUUACAGCAUCUCAUGAACAAAGCAGUCACAUCUCCAGUGCUGGUCCUUCUCGACCGCAUGACUUCCAGAUCCUUCUCGACUUCCAGAUCCUGACUGGUUUAGCUCAUUCUUCAUCACCAGCAUUAGGUUUGUGUUUGUCCUCCUGCCUCUGGCACCACAAGUUCUCAGUGGGAUGAAGGUCUGGGUAAUUUCCUGGACCUGGAUCAGCAUGUAGAAGUUCAGGUCCUGAUCCACUUAGUUCUGGCUAAAUCCCUCUGGCCCGGUGCUCCAUCAUGCUGGAGAAGACAUUGUUCAUCGCCAGCUGUUGUUGGGUGGCUGGAGGAGCUCCUCUGGGAUGAUGUUUAGGUACCAUUCUUUAUUCAUGGCUGUUCUGAAGCUGAACUAAGUGAGUCAACCUCCUUGGCUCAGCGCAUUUUAGAGUUUAUGCAAACAGCGGUUAUUAAAACUGAGGCAGCAAACUUUGUGAUGAUUGUUGGUUUUAUUUUUGUUUUGGCCUGGAGGUUAAAGCUGUUACCACUCAGCAGAGGUGACCUGAGGUAUGCAGCUGUGAGGACUGCAUAUGAGCCGGUGUCUUCUGUCCAUUCAGGUCCUGCUGUUCUGAAGCACGCUGCCGUUUGAACAUGACUCAGUGAGUCACUCAUGAAUAAGUUAAAAACUCUGAAAAGUACCAACAAGUUGCAUUUCUGAUUUACCAGCGCUGCCAUAAAUAUAUAU